AUGGGUCCCGCUGCGCGUUACCGACCCAUGUCUCCCAGCGGUUCACGGAUGGGCGACCCCAUGCGGGCCUCCACCGGAACCGUGCAGCUGAGUGCAUCCUACGACCCGUACAACCUCACAACUAGCCGUCCGGCAUACUCGAGCUACCACCCCGACGUGAAGCAUGCUUCAUCCUACGACCCAAGAUCAGCGCGAGAACCGCGGCUGGAAGCCCAGCCGAUUUCCUCCACCACAUACCGCGACCCUGGCCAUUCGACCAAGCUGCGGACCGAGUACGCCAUCCGCCCGAGAGCGCGGAGUAAUACUACAUCGUCGGCAGAGACUCGCUUCCCUCCCGGUCGCUAUGACGCGCCCGCCUCGCCGUUGUCUAGGACGUCGCCAGUCAUAAUCUCCGCCCAUCACCGUUCCCCGAGCCCUCAUCGCGAGCAAGAGCGUUAUGUUGUGCCCGCCUCUUCACACAAGCAUCAUCGGCGGCAUCCCCUCUCACACACUGAUUAUGCCAGUGAUACCGGACGGCUGGACCCGAACGACCGAGAGGCCAGGGCCCGGAUGGCUCAUGGUGCAUACCCCUCGUAUGAGCACAGCCAUCGUUGGCGUUACCCGCCCACUGGGGGUCUCCGGAAAGGACAAGAUAUCGAUGACUAUGAUGCGUAUUCCUAUACCAGUCCGCGAGAGCAAUUUGAGAAAGACUCGGUUGCAAGGCUGCGCCACGACCGGAGCGCCUACCCCAGGGAGAGGCCCCUCAGCCUGACCGGCGUUGAUGACCCCCAGUUGAUGCCCAGGAAGGAGUCUCGAGCCCUGGGACCUCCGCCGUCUCAGAGAGGCUUCGGCAAGCUGGACCAUGGGGGUCGCGUGCGACGCUCUAACUACGGCUCUGCGGACAGUGAUGUGGAUCUUUCCAGUGCCAGGCGGCGGUCCUGGCAGAGAGCCCCCGUUUCUUUGCAUCAGGACGUCGACGAAGGAUAUUCCUCUCAUAGGGAUGACUAUGACCAUGGCCAUCAUCGCCACUACCGACCUAGGCGACAUGAGGAAGAUGUGACUAGUCGACACUCCUAUGACGAUCGUGCGCCUAGGAGAUCCUCCAUUGCCAAGGGUGCCGGGACUUCUGCGCCCGGUACUGGACUGGGUACUGCAGUGCUUGCAAGUGGUUACUCUGACUUUGAGCACGACCGUUCUCGAACGGAUCGCCAUAGGUCCCGGGAGCGGGGAUCUCGUGACCACGAGCACAGGCAGCACCACAGUCGGUCACGGAGACGGUCUAGACGGCGCACUGGGAGUGGUUCAGAUUGGUACAGCUCAGACGAAGACUUGAAGAAGUACCAACGCGAACCAUCCGCACAUAGGAAGCUCAACGGCUCCGAUUUAUCUGCCAGCGGCAGCGACCGCCCGCCCCAGUAUCUGGCAAUUGAUCCCGCCCCUCGCCAUCGGUCCCAUUCGCGACACCGGACUGAGGAGAUGCCGCGUUCUAGGGAGGCUGGCACUCCGGAGGUUUCCAGUCGCCCAGAGGAGCCGGCAAAGGCUGACUCUGUCACUUCCAAAGAUCAGGAAGCACCUGCGCCCAAAGGCAUCCUGAAAGCUCCCCGUGAACGGUUCCCAGAGGAGCCCAACCCCGUUCGAGAGGGUGUGGCCCCAUUGAAAGAUGCGCACAAGAAAGGAAUUCCUCCCGGAGCCAGAUGGACGAAGAUUGACCGCAGGCUGGUUAAUCCCGCAGCAUUGGAGGUGGGACGGGAGCGGUAUGAGGAGCGAUCGGAGUAUGUGAUUGUUUUGCGCGUUUUGACGAAGGAGGAGAUCCAGGCUUAUGCGGUCAAGACGCAAGAGAUUCGAGAUGCCCGAUAUCAAGAAGUUGUAAGGGAGCGGCGUCGGCGACGCGACGAGGACCGCCGUCGUGGACGUACGGUCGACAACUCGUCAAGCGAUGAUGAGGAGGAAGACGCGUCGCCCCUUGCCAUCGAGGGCCCGCCCGACCUGAAGGGCAUGCCCCGGGCCUCAACCGAACCCGCGAAAGCGAAGCAGCAGCCGCCGCAGUAG